CACUGCUGGCACGGGAGAUUCUGGUAGCGGCGGCGGCAGCUGCGGAUGCAAGCUCAACAAGCAGCAGCCAGGCUGCGUGCCCAUUCCGCUGGGGACAUGCGAGUUCAUAUUACGACUCAGUAAUCCAGAUGCCGAGGACAUGCACCAAGAGACGCGAGUACAGAACGAAGUCGCUAUCCUUACACUAGCCUCGGCGGCACUCCGCCACAUCAAGCCCAGCGUAGUCCCCCGCGUCUUCGGCUGGGGUGGCGCUACGGACGAGAAUUUGGGCUGGGUCCUGCAAGAAAUGAUGCCCGGUGUGCCGCUGUCCCUGGCGUGCAGGGGAACUACGUUCCAAAAGCAGGAGAAUGGAAUCCUGGCCCAGAUGGCGCGAAUACUUAAGGCUCUGCAGGACUACCCACUUCCCGAGAGUAUCGAGGGCUGGGGAGGUGUGACCUUUGAUGACAGUGGCACCAUUGUCAGCGCAUCAGUAAGUUACGUCGGUGCCGGACCGUGGUCUUCUCUUGAGGACUGUUACCGAAGCCGUCUGCGACUGGCACUCGCUAGGGCCGAUAAGAAUAUAUACCUACAGGGUUGGUACGCCAACGGCGUCAGACAACGUAUCGAUAAUUUCAUCGAGCAUGGACUAACGGCACAGUUCUCCAACUUAACGUCGAAGCAAGAUAGGGUCAUAAUACACGCAGAUUUUACUUUCGACAAUCUACUCUGGGACCCUACUACGGGCCGUAUUACGGCGCUCCUCGAUUAUGACUUCAGUAGUAUCCUACACCCUGCGUACGAAUUCUUUCGCUCCUUCGCUAGUAACGGAGGCCAGAUGACUGGCUGGCUAGGCGAUACCACUCCGGAGGAGAAGGAGAUGGCCGCGCUUCGCCACGCUAAACUUUCUGGCUGCUUUCCCUCGCCUCUUCCAGCUCCGGUUGCGACCGCGAACGGCCCAGGGGUCGACUGGGAACUGGCACAGGCGUGGGAAGACCAGUUGCAGAAACUGGAUGUGAAACGACCUAGUACGAUCCAGGGGAUCGAUAAGUUUGCAGAUGUCGAUGGGGUGCUGGGCUCUCUGUUACCCUGGAGAUUAACGAAUGAUGAUUUUUUGAGAAUGAACCAGGAUGAGGAUCAGAGAUUGGCGCUGAGAAGAAUGGGUGAGAGAGAGCUUGUGAGCUUGCUAGAUCACCUGGGCUUCUAGGCUAGAGCAACUCCUAUUUGAAGAGGAAGACAGGGCGGCAAGAGAAGCCCCGCGGGUUUUGGCAUUGUUAUGCCUAGAUGGCUGAGAGGAAGCGCCGGGGUUGAAGCUCUAUGGCCUCAGGUGGUGGAAGUUGGGGGACAACGAGGAGGAGGGACGAACCCCCCCCUCUCCCAACCCCCUUCCCCACCCUCCUUCAGCAAGACAAGGGAAAACAACUAAAUACGACAAGACUCCAUUGAUCAGACCCGUUACUGAUAACUCAGACGAAGACAAACAUGCAAGAAGUCUGACCAUUGAUCAACAACCUACUAGCUCCAUAGACACAAAAAUGUUGUAAGCAACAAGGUAGACCGCAACAGGACAGGACAUCCGGGUUCCGACUGGCCGACUUCGGCCCUCGCCCGUUCAGCUAGAUUCGCUU